AUUUAAUGUUCAAUUCACUUUUUAAAAUGACUGAAACAGAUUUGAAAAAAAUUCCAUUUUUUAAAUUAUUAAAUCUUGAAGCUGUUACUCCAGUGAAUGAUUCAUCCAAGAUUUACAAAAAUCACUUAUUAGUUUUACCAGGCCAUAAAACCGAUCUCAUGUACAAAAACAACAGUAUAAAAACUGGAUAUGAAAAUUUUUGUAUUAAAAAAGGCACUUUAAAAUUGUUUCCAUUUAAAGAUUUUGAUUUUAUUGGUAAACAUGUUGUUUGUCAAAAAUGUUGUCAAAAGUUUGCUUCAAAAUUGUCUUAUAAAGCACAUGUUGGAACUGGUAUUUGUGUUAGAACUUAUAAUGGACCAAAUCUUAUCUAUCUUAAAUACAAAAAUAGAAAUUAUAGGCAAGUUCGGAAAAAAAAUAAAAGAAAGUUUGAAGAAGACUUUCAUGGUCAUGAUAUAAAAAAAAAUUUAUUAAAUCCUGAAAUGUUGAAUACCUUACAGACUCGUAAUAAAUGCUAUUCUGACAUAACACAUCAACGAAAUAAAGUUAAAGAAAAAUCAAUUAAUGAUUCCGAUAAAAAUAAUGAUGAGCCCUCUGUGAAAAAACCAAGAGGAAGACCUAGAAAGAACAUUGUUAAUGAUGAUAAUGAGCUUAAAAAACGAGGCAGACCAAAGAAGUUUGAUGCAGCCGCAGUUGAUAGCUCAAGCCAAAAUGAUAACAGCUCAAGUAGUAACAUGGAAAUGGAUGAGUCUGAAGAACCAAAAAAAUAUAGUUAUUGUAGGGCUGAUGAUGCAUUCAAUAAUAAUAUUAAUGAUCAUGGCAAAUUAAAAUCAUUGUCUUUGAAAAUGAAAAUUCUAUCAAAAAAAUUCUGGAAAAUUUUUAAAAAUGAGUGUAAACCGAAAGAUGUAGAUAUUAAUGAAUAUCAAUAUCCUACUAAACACAAAACCCAGUGUAAUGAAGAAAAAAAAGGUGAUUUACAGGCUGAAGAAAAAGAAAUUUUUCUUAAAAUUGAAGAACUAGAAAAUGAUAUUAAGUUACUUUCUAAACAGUUUCAGGGUAAGAAUGAAUAUUCAAGUAAUGAUGAAUUAAAAUUAAUGCUGACAAAAAUUAGUGAUAUGCGUAAUGAAAUUAAACAAUGUAAACUGAAGAAGACUGAUGUGAAAGAAUCAAUACCAGAUGAAGGCAAAGAAAAUAUUCAACAUACUCUUAAAAAGAAAGAAAAUGAAGAAACUGAUAUUGAAAUGGAUAGUAUAGAUUUUGAUAAAAAUGAAAAAUGUGUAGGAUUAUGGUUAACUAAUAGUAAUACUGUUUCGUCCACUAAAACCAUAAAAAUGAAUGAUGGUUGUAAAUCCAUUAAUUGUACAAAUGUAGAUAAUUUAAAAAAAGAAUCCACAAGUCAGGACAGUUUUGGAGAUAAUUUAAAAACAUUAAAUGUAGAUAAAACUCCAAAUAUUACCAGUUCAGUUAACCAUUUAAAUGAUCUUGGUAUAAAUUAUAUCUAUAACCCAAUAUUGAACUGUAGAAAUUGUAGUAAAAAUUUCACUUCUAUCGCUGAAUGGAAACUACAUCGUUCUGAACAUUUAGUUAAGUUAAAUAAAAGUUUUUUAUGUAAGAUUUGUGGACUCAAAUUCAAAAUGUAUAAAAAUUUUACAAAACACGUUAAUAUUCAUAAAAAAACAGAACAAAAAAAAUUGUAUUAUGAUAAAAAAAAUGUCAAAAACUUAAUAUGUAAAAUAUGUAAUAGACAGUAUAAUUACCUUAGAUCAUAUUAUGCCCACAUUAAAACCCAUAUUGAUGAAUAAUCUUUUUUUUUUUUU